CGCCGGAGAAGCCGGCCGUUGCCGCGGGCAGAUCCAUCGAGCCACCGUGAAGCCGCCACGACACCGGGAGGCCACCGAGACCUGCCCAUGCCGCCGCCCACGGCCGGAGCAGCCACCACGCCCGGCCGCUGCCCAACCGCGUCGCCCGGCGAGCUCCAAGCGCCGGAGCCGCCGGGCACGCACCACCGGAGCCACCGCCACUGCGCCGCCACCCCCGACCAGUCGAGGGGGCCUCGGUUAGGGCCGCCGCCCGCAGCCCUAGCCGUCGCGGCCCGCGCCGCCGAGAGGCCAGAUCCGGAAAAGCCGCCGCGGCCGCCGACUCCGGCCUCUAGCCCGCACCACCACCACCAUCUGCCGGCGACCAGCAGGCGGCCAGCCCGCGCCCCCACAGCCCGUGCCGCCCGCGACAGCGGUCGGAGGAGACGCCCCGAUCCAGAUCGGAUCUGGCCGCCCCUCGCCACCACCCAGAGCACACCCCGUCGCCACAGCACACCGCCGGCCCUCCCACACCAGGAGCAGAUCCCACCCCGCCGCCAAGGAAGCCCAGGGCGCCGCUGAGCCGCCCAGAUGUCGCGCCGCCCCGGUCCAGCAGCGCGCCUCCACGCAGGGACGCCGGCCCGCGCCGAUCUCCGCCACGCUAGGGAGAGACGAGGCCCCUCCGCCGCCAGCACCUACUGGGCUUUGCCCGACAGCGGCGAGGGGAAGGAGGGGGAGGAGGAGGCCUAGAGGCCGGCGGCGGGUGAGUCCCCUCGGUCGCUCGCGGGCGCGACGCGAGGGGAAGGGGGAGAUCUGGAG